AUGCUCAUACGCAUCAGCAAAAGAGGCUCUCUGAGGCUCGCAUUCGUCUUCUCUUUCAGCAUUCUAGUUUUGGUUUGGUUAAAUCGCAAAUGGACGGACCAUUCCGUCCACAGGGUCCUUCAUUUUAGCCCAAACUCAGAUUUGAGCACACUGGAAGCGAAAAGGGAUCUAUGCAAGCAACAUGGAUGGACACCUUUUGAGGACUCAGGAAGGCGUGUCUACGAUCUUCUGAUGGUGAACACUGAACUAGACUGGCUCGAAAUCCGGCUGAAUACCACCUACGCCUAUGUUGACUACUUUGUCAUUGUCGAGUCACCAAAAACGUUCACCAACCUCGACAAGCCGCUCGUGAUCAAGGACAACCUGGACAAAUUCGAGGCUUUUCGCGACAAAAUCAUCUAUCACGAGCUUGAGAUCCCCGCAGACUUCCAUUCGGAUCGGGAGAAUCCCGCAUGGGCGUUUGAAGAUCUCCAGAGGAAUGCCAUGUACGAUCAGGUCCUUCCCCAGCUUACUGAUGCUCGAGCGCCUCGGGUUGGAGAUGCUAUUAUUGUGGCUGAUGUCGACGAGAUCAUCCGACCCGAGACGAUAGUGCUGCUCAAAACCUGUCAGUUCCCGCGAAGGCUCAAUCUGCGCAGUCAUUUUUACUACUACAGUUUCCAGUAUCUACAUACUGGUGAGCAGUGGAAGCACCCGCAGGCAACAUAUUACCAAGGAUGGAGGACAAUUUUGCCGGUGAAUUUACGAAAUUCGGACGGAAAUCUCCCACCGUUCGUCAAGAUGGAGACAGCAGAUCUGUGGGAUGCUGGUUGGCAUUGUUCAUCCUGUUUCUCGACAAUCGAGGAGAUUCUCACAAAAAUGUCAUCAUUUUCGCAUCAGUGGAUGAAUCAUGAGAUUUUUCGUGACAGGGAUCGUAUCGCUAGCCGUGUCAGAGACGGGAAGGAUAUUUGGGACAGAGAAGAUGAGCACUAUGAAAAAUUAGAGAACAACCAGGAUAUUCCUAAGAUUCUAUUAGACCAACGAGAGAGGUUCAGAUAUCUGACCGACAGAAACGGGCCCAGUGCUGGAUUUAAAGACUACCCGUAA